CACCGGCGCCGCGUACGUCCCGCCCCGGGCAUCAUCGCGUCGUGCGGAGCGGGGCUGAGGUGGGCCGCGCCGACACGCACGUGGGGAGCCACCAGCACCACCACCCUAUGCUCCUUGCCCGCCUUGUAAGGUUGCACCAGCAGUGACAUUGGGACCUUAAAGUGUUCAUCAAAGACAUGGGAGAAGUGGUCUUCAGGGCAUAUCUCCUCCAACGCAAGCUUUUUCUUUCAGAAGAAACUUUUGAUUGGCGUGCUUUAGCUCGUGGGAACACCCAACUCUUCUCUCUGGUGAACUGCACAUAGUGGUUCUAUGCUCCUCUAUGCUCAACGACAGCAGGCUAGUGCGAUCUUUUCCUGAAGCGGUACUUCGGUCUAUGCUCCACAUCUACAUGGUCAAUCAUCUUUGCUGCAUCCAGUCUCCAUCUGUCGCUCCCUAGUUAGUUGCCAUUUGCUUGUUCUAUAUCAUCUGAGGUCAAGGCUCAUCUUUGCUAUACUCUGCAACUCUACUGUGGUUCCUGUUGGAUCUUAUUGUGUGGAUCAAAUCCAAGACAGCGCAAGGUAGUCGAGGCCCACUGGUGAAUUAACGGAUCAUAUAUCUGUUCUUGCCAACUAUAGACAAGAUAUUGGUCGCUUGGACUUUGGAACACUUUUCUGUGUUUGUUGUUGAUUCUUCUUGAGACUUAGUUGUCCCAAAGGAAGAAACUUCUACCAGGCAACCCAAUUACCGGAAUAAUGGACAGAUUCAAGUUGAUUAAGGAAGUUGGUGAUGGGACUUUCGGGAGCGUAUGGCGUGCUAUAAAUAAACAAAAUGGUGAAGUAGUGGCGGUGAAGAAAAUGAAGAGAAAAUAUUAUUCUUUCGAGGAAUGUAUGAGUUUACGUGAAGUAAAGUCUUUACGGCGCAUGAAUCACCCUAACAUAGUGAAGCUCAAGGAGGUUAUAAGGGAAAAUGAUAUAUUAUACUUCAUAAUGGAAUACAUGGAGUGCAAUCUCUACCAACUUAUGAAAGACAGAGUCAAGCCUUUCGCGGAGUCAGAUGUCCGUAAUUGGUGCUUUCAGAUUUUUCAAGCUCUUGCUUAUAUGCACCAGAGGGGAUACUUUCAUCGUGACCUCAAACCUGAGAAUCUGUUGGUUAGCAAAGAUGUCCUAAAGCUAGCAGACUUUGGUCUAGCAAGGGAAGUUUCAUCUGCACCACCAUACACAGAAUAUGUGUCAACACGCUGGUACCGAGCACCUGAAGUAUUGCUCCAGUCAUCGGAUUAUGAUUCUGCAGUUGAUAUGUGGGCAAUGGGUGCCAUAAUGGCUGAGCUGUUGACACUGCAUCCUCUUUUCCCGGGCACGAGUGAAGCGGAUGAAAUUCUCAAGAUUUGCAACGUUAUUGGUAGUCCAGACGAGCAAACAUGGCCUGAAGGAUUGUCUCUUGCAGGGGCGAUGAAGUAUCAGUUCCCACAGGUCAGAGGCAAUCAACUGUCGGAGGUGAUGAGAUCGGCUAGCAGUGAGGCAGUUGACCUUAUAUCCUCUCUGUGCUCAUGGGAUCCUUGCAAGAGACCAAAAGCUGCAGAAGUUCUCACGCAUGCAUUCUUUAAGGAUUGUACAUAUGUUCCGGCUUCUGUCCGGUCAAAAGCUGCAGUUCCACCUAAAACGCCUCCAUGUGUUGGAGUUAAAGGAGUUACAGGGCACAUUGCUCGGAGAUACUCCACUGGAGCUCUGUCCACAACCAAACCUCCUAGCAACAUAUCUGUAAAAUCAAACAGCUUAUCGAAAAUUGGUGUGCAAAGAAAACUUCAAUUGGAUCGCCAGGCACCACAGAAGAGUACACGACCCACUGAGAGUAACAGCAAAGUAACUACUAGCCGAGUACCAGCAAGGAAUAGCCCAGGGAACCCGGUACUACGGCAUUCACGCAGUUUACCUGAAACUGGCCGUGCAACAAUUCCGAAGGUUUCGAGUAUUACCGAUAAGCUUGCUCAUAUGUCGGUGACCUCUCGAACACGUACGACUGUGAAGCCCCCUGUCCCGAUGUUGAAGGCUGGGCAUGUCAAGUCAGACUUCCUCGGUAAAUCUGACGAAAUCCCUCCAGCAAAGAGAUUGACAAGAAAACUGGUCAGCUAAAGGAGUAUAGAGUGAAAACUGGUCAGCUGCAAAGAGGGGUAUUGGCUACAGAGCUGAAACCAGGUUCGUGCUUCAGUGCCACCCGAACCGAGCGUUUUAACCUGUUCAUGUUCCUUCUGGUUGUGACCUCCCAGCUUGCGUUUCAAGUGCCACGGUAGAAUGUGUUGCAAACUGCUUUUAUAGAGGAUGCCCGAGCCUGCUGACCUUUCCCUCUAUGGGCGUGUGGUUUCUCCUUCGCCCCAAGUUUGUCCCAUGUAAGAUGAAACAUGUGUGGUUUGGUUUGUGAACUAGCGUUCUCAACUAUUUAUGUUGCAGACAGUUGUCGUGUCAUGUGCAAUCUAACAGUUCACGAGCCCUCCAAUGGGAGUAUAUUUGGCUUUGCUUGUACAGUCUGUGAGCCUUUGGAGAGCAUGUUAAUGUAUCUGCCGGGUCAAUUUUGAAA